CUAAGUAAGUCUACCCUUGGCUCUGAUAGCUGGCAUUGCCCCCCUCAAGUAGAUAUCUUCUAUGACUGUCUGCCAAUCUCUGACACCGACUAGGAGAGUUUUUCUCUGAUGUUGUUUGUGUGUCAUCACUCUCUGGUCCCUUGGAUGGACCAUUAUUUAUGUUAAAAAUACAUAUGGGGUCCCAGACCAUGUGAUAUUACACACAUACGAUUGGCUAGCUAUCCUGGUGAAGGAUGGUUCUGCCCAAAAGCUUUGAUCCUCAUACGUAUCUGUGCAAUCUCUUGUUGUCUACUUCUUUCACUGUUAAGCUGUAAAUUGUCUGACAAUUUUAAACUAAAAGCAUCACAAAUUAUUUAGAUAAAAAUACACAUGCACUAAUGAUAUGAAUGAUUGGUACAAAACAGAAAAAAGUACAAAUGUACUUGGGUGAUACUAUUUUAGUCUACAGGAAAGAAAACAUAUAGAUGUGUUUACUGUAGAUAAGAUGCUUUCAAUAUAAAUUGCCUUUGCAAGUUAGUUAAGUAAAGUGCCUUCCAGGGUCCUAUAAAUUCUUUUGUAAAUUAGUUAUGACCUUUAGAAUUUUUUUGAGAAAAAUAAAAAAAUAUAAUCUGCAGUUUCAAAACAUCAUGAUUUUGUCCUUCCAGACAAGCUUCCGACAAAAUAACUAAUAAAUUACUUUAAGAAAAGGAAUCUAUGGCUUCAUUUUGUGCAUUAAAAAUCAAGCAGGCCCAAAUCUCUAAUCAAAGCAGCAUCUCCCAUUUUGCGAGUUGUCACGUCUGCCAUUUGUGGCAUCUUUUAAAAAAGGCUCAGACAACCAAAACUUGCCACGCCCACUCUGUGAAGAGCCAAAAAGCGUGCCUGCAACUUUCAGUUUCAUUUCUAGCUUUCUCUGUCUCUAAUCCUCCUACGAUGGCAGAAGAAAACACCUCGUUGCCCCAGGACCAGUUUCACUGCUGCAUGUGUCUAGAGACUUUGGAGGGUGCCGUUUCUUCCCCAUUUGGAAUUCACUUCUGUAAAAAAUGCAUCCAAAACGGCUCGGAUAAGACAGGUGAGGUCAGCUACCAAGAGUGCAGGGAGACUGUUAAUCUGUGUAAGGACACUGUGAUAAUCGAAGCGGAGGAGGAAUUAAAACCAAAAGAGCUCAGCCCCGCUCCGUCUCAGAGUGAGGUUGGACACGGAGAUGUCGGCUGUGAUGCCUGCACUGGGAAGAGGCGGAGGGCUGAGAAGUUCUGUGUGACCUGCCUGGCCUCCUUCUGCAAGACUCACAUCCAGCUGCAUUAUCAGGUUCCUGCCUGGAAGGAGCACAAGCUCAUCGAUCCAAGUGAAAAUGUCCAAACGAAAAUCUGUACAAAGCACCUGAAAAGCCUGGAUAUUUUUUGUAAAACGGACCAGGCGUGCAUCUGCAUAAUGUGUGUGAUGGACACCCACAACACGCAUGUAAUGGUGGAGCCUCAGAAAGAAAGAACAGAAAAACAGAUUCAUUUGGAGGCGAUACGCUCAGAAAAUCAGAAAACAAUAGAAGAGAGACAGACGAAACUGGAAAAGAUGAGAAAGGCCUUGGAACACAUUAAGGUGUCUGCAGACAAGGAGGUGCAAGAAUGUGAGAAAAACUUCACUGAUCUGAUUCACUGCAUCGAGGAAACCUGCAGGAAAGUGACGGAGCAGAUUAGACAGCAAGAAACGAGAGAAAUGGAGAAGGUGGAAGCCAUCAUCAAGAGACUGGAGAAGGAGAUUGAGACUCUGAAGAAGCGAGACGCCGAUGUGACUGAGCUUUUAGUGACGGACGACAACAUCCAUUUCCUCCAGACUUUCUCAUCACUGUGUGUCCCUCCUGCAAAAGAAGACUUGAGCAACAUGAACUUCAUGGCAGACUUCUCAUGUCAAACCCUGAGGAAGGAGGUGUCUCUUCUGAAACAGCGUCUCGAGAAACUGAGAGAGGUUAAAAUCGAAAAAGUGACAUCUGCAGUGAAUGUAAUUCCACUUCAUAUCCCAAUGUUUCCAGAACAGAAGUGCAGACCCGAAUUAUUGAAAUAUUUCUGUCAUCUAACAUUGGACCCAAACACUGCAAAUGGACACCUCUUUCUGUCUGAAGGAAACAAGAAGGUGACGGUAAUGAAGAAGGAGACCAUGUAUCCUGAUCACCCUGACAGAUUUGACCACUGGUGGCAAGUUCUCUGCAAAGAGGCUUUGUCUGGGACUCGCUAUUACUGGGAGUUGGUGUUGAGUGGAAGGGAGACGGAGAUAGGAGUCACUUAUAAAAAAAUCGCCAGGAAAGGAAAAGGCAGAGACUCUCACAUUGGGCGCAAUGAAGAGUCCUGCACUUUAACUUGCUUUUCUGUCUCCUCUUUGAGGCAUAACAGCAGGCACACUAAAAUAACUGUUCCCCACUACCACAGAAUAGGGGUGUAUUUGGACUGGCCGGCUGGCUCGUUGCUGUUUUUCCGUGUUACGGACACAAUGACACUCCUGCACAAGUUUCAGUCCACCUUCACGGAGCCACUUUAUCCUGCUUUUUGGCUUCCUUAUAAGGACAGCUGUGUAACAAUCUGCACCCUUAACAAAUCUGGCCACUCUUAAGCACCAGGCUUUGGAUUUGCUGUUUUUUCAUGCAUAGAUUGCAGCAUAAAGCAAUGCAUUUCAUUUGUCCUCAGGAUGAAAGUGGGCAAGAGUGUAGGAAAUACUGCAUUCAGCAACUUAAAUAGAUAUAGGCUUUUAUUAUUUGGGGCAAUGUAAACUUCUGUAUUAUUCAAAUCUGAUAUCUUGGAUCAUCUGCAGACAACAAAUUAAAAUCUACAUUAAGUAGGGCCUACCUUGUGGUGUAAUGCAUGAAGGAAUGGGUGUAUAUUAUACUUAUAAGGGCAUUACAAGAAUAGCAAAGGUGGAAACAUGGAAGCAGAGGGGGAGCACCAGCUCCAUUUCGAUUUUGAGGGAUAAAGAAGAAGAAUGAAACUCCUGGAAGUAUUUGCUUCGAUGUUCACAGCAAGUCCCUUGCAAACACAACAAAGUCCAUCCAUCCAUCCAUUUUCCAACCCGCUGAAUCCGAACACAGGGUCACGGGGGUCUGCUGGAGCCAAUCCCAGCCAACACAGGGCACAAGGCAGGGACCAAUCCCGGGCAGGGUGCCAACCCACCGCAGGACACACACAAACACACCCACACACCAAGCACACACUAGGGCCAAUUUAGAAUCGCCAAUCCACCUAACCUGCAUGUCUUUGGACUGUGGGAGGAAACCGGAGCGCCCGGAGGAAACCCACGCAGACACGGGGAGAACAUGCAAACUCCACGCAGGGAGGACCCCGGGAAUCGAACCC